AACAACGUGAGCCUGGAGGACGUGAUGCACGAGGACGCGGUGGCCGCGCUCAAGAACACGUACGACGUGGUUUAUCUGAGGGUGGCCAAGGCCAGCCCCGGCCUCGGGGACACCUACGGGCCCCCCGACGUCACCGGCUCCUACUCUGCCCACCUGGACUCCGACCUGGCCCCGCAGAGUUUCCUGGGCCCCGAGUUCCCCCCGGUCCUGACCCCGACGUCCCCCCGGCGCUUCUCGCCCGGCCCCAAGGACCUGCUGCCCGACGACGACGUCCCCAG